CAAAGAGCUGUGAAGAAAUAAAUAGAGGUGGCUACUUUGCUAUUUAAUUCAAAUCAAUUCAUUCAUUCACAUGCCCAUCUUCUCAAUACUUACAAACAAGAAACUAAACACAACACAUUCACAUUCACAUUCACAUUACAUAGUUUUGGUUUCUCACUGAAUGAUACAUAUAUUUUCCCUUCAUUUUCUUCAUCUUUGAUUCCUCCAUUCAAUAUCAAGAAAAUAGUAGCAAUGCGGCCUCCUAGCCGCCUUCAUUCUUUGUUCAUUUCCUUCCUUGUUAUUUCCCUUUUGUCAUUUCAGAUCUAUGGACAAGAAGGAGAUAUUGAUCUUGAUGAUAUCAAGGGCGACGCGGACAAGUUGAUUUUCGAAAACCCAAAGCUUCGUGUUGCAUAUAUUGCGUUACAAACAUGGAAAGCAGCCAUGUUUUCUGACCCUUUUAACUUCACAGCAAAUUGGACAGGACCAAAUGUUUGUUCCUAUGGUGGAGUGUUUUGUGCACAAUCUUUAACUAAUGAUUCUAUUAGAGUUGUAGCUGGCAUUGAUCUUAACCAUGCUGAUAUUGCUGGUUAUUUAGUUCCAGAACUUGGUCUUCUAACAGAUCUAGUUCUUUUCCACCUCAACUCGAAUCGUUUUUGUGGUAUCGUACCUAAAACCUUUAGCCAUUUGAAGCUUCUUAGGGAGCUUGAUUUGAGCAACAAUAGGUUUGUUGGUGGAUUUCCUAAAGUGGUUCUUUCUCUACCUUCAUUAAAGUUCUUGGAUCUAAGGUUUAAUGAUUUUGAAGGGCCAGUUCCUUCUAAACUUUUCGACAAAGAUUUGGAUGCUUUGUUCCUUAAUGAUAAUAGAUUUCGUUUUGGUAUUCCUGAGAACUUGGGCAACUCCCCUGUUUCUGUUCUUGUGUUUGCCAAUAACAAUCUUGGAGGAUGUAUCCCAGCGAGCAUUGGGAAAAUGGGUAACAGUCUGAACGAGCUUAUACUAAUGAAUGAUAAUCUAACCAGUUGUUUGCCAAUGGAGAUUGGAAUGCUGAAGAAAUUAACAGUCUUUGAUGUGAGCUUUAACAAGAUUCAAGGUCCAUUGCCGUCAACAGUGAGCAGAAUGAGGAGUGUUGAGCAACUUAAUGUGGCUCACAACAAGCUCACUGGUGUUAUACCAGCUAGUAUUUGUCAACUCCCCAGGUUGCAAAACUUUACAUUUUCUUUCAAUUACUUUAAAGGGGAAGCUCCGGUUUGUGCUGCAACUAGAUCUGGUAGAGUCAUUGACGGGGAAGAAAAUUGCAUUGCUGGAAAGGAAGACCAAAGAUCUGCUAAAGAAUGCUCUUCUGAUGAUGCAAAACCAUAUGAUUGUAGAAAAUCUCAGUGCUUUAGCCGUUCUGCUAUAUCUCCUGUAGUAAAACCAAGACCAAAACCAACCCCUAAGCCAAAAAGACCACCAGUUCAGAACAAACCACCAGCACCAAAGCCAUCUACACCCUCAAGACCUGUUGCACCAAUUGAAUCUCCACCACCACCUUCUUCCAAAUCUUCGGGUUCCCAUUUUAAGCGCUCUCCGCCGCCACCUCAAUCAACUCCUCCGCCAUCACCACCACCACCUGUUUACAGUAGUUCUCCGUCGCAUAAACACAGAAGUCCACCACCUCCUACCCACAAAAUUUCACCUGUAACUCGUCAUGCUCCACCUCCUCCACCUCNACUUACUACUACUCAUCACCGCCGCCGCCACCACCAUCACCCCCACCGCCAUCACCAUCACCACCACCCCCAAGUUACGAACACGUUCCACUUCCACCCGUUGUAGGAGUCUCCUAUGCAUCUCCACCACCACCAGUCAUUCCAUACUAUUGAGCCAGGGGUUAAUUAACCAUUAGCCUCAGUUCAUUAUCUUUAAUUUUCCAUUAACUGAUGGAGAUUUGGAGAAGAAGAAUGGAAUUCUUUUUUUCUUUUUUGAUUGGGAAUUAUGUAUACUUUGUUAUUUAUUUUGUUUUUUUUUAAUUAUCUUGAGUUGAUUAUAUUUAUGAAAAAUGGGAUGUUGGGCGGGAGUUAGCGAUGGGUUUAACGAGCAUUAUUGUUAUUCCAAAAGGGUGGUUGUGUAUAAUUACAAUUUUACUGUUUUCUUUAGUAAAACUCAUUUAUUCAAUUAAUAUUACAAUGUAUUUUUGUUA